AUGUCGCUCAAUCUCUGUCUCGACUCCGCAUACGAUUUUAGCUGGAAUGAUCCCAUUCCUCAACUCUAUGAGCACACAGAGCAUUCCCCUGAGUCUGGUGGCCACGACAAUGACAACACUUCAACCUCGCUCCAUGCCUCUCCGCACCCUGCCAACCUCGAGGACGAAGUUGAAGAUCUUCGCCUUGCUUUGCAAGAGCGAUUGACCGAGGUUGAAGAGCUCAAAGCCCAAGUCACGUCAUUAAACGCCAGAAUAUCCCGCUUGCAGGAGAAAACAGAGACCUUGAAAGCAAACUACGAACGUGAAACCGCCUUUUCGGACCACCUCAUGACGGCAUAUACAAGCAACUCGCGCAGUCACGCGCGCCUCGAUGAUAAGGGCGUCGUCCGACUUUCCGACGACGACGAGGACAGUGGCAUGGACACGGAUGAACCGACGUCUGCCGCAAGGCGGCAGGAAGAACCGGACGAGCCCCUCACGCAACUGGAACAUAUCCUCAAGCGACCUGACUCGUACAUUGGAAACAUCGAGAUUAUAUCCACGCCAAUGUGGACGUAUGAUUCGGAGACCAUACGGAUGGUCCACAGGGAAGUCAAAUAUGUCCCUGGUUUCUUCAAGAUUGUGGACGAAAUUCUCGUGAACGCUGCCGACAACAAGAUCAAUGACCCGUCCAUGGACACGCUAAAGAUCACUAUCGACGUAGAGGAAGGCACAAUCUCAGUCUAUAACAAUGGCCGCGGCAUCCCGAUUGAAAUUCACUCGAAGGAAAAGAUGUACAUCCCGGAGAUGAUCUUUGGUCACCUUCUCACAUCUACCAACUACGACGACGACGAGAAGAAGUUGACUGGAGGCCGUAACGGUUAUGGCGCCAAGCUUGCCAACAUCUACUCACUGGAAUUCACGGUCGAAACUGCCGACAAGAACACCUCCCAGAAGUACAAGCAGACAUGGACGGACAAUAUGUCGAAAUGCGGAAAGGCGAAGAUCACCAAGAACACUCGAGGGGAGGAAUACACGCGCAUUACAUUCCGCCCAGACUUGAAGCGCUUUGGCAUGAAUUCCAUCAACGAAGACACGGUCAACCUGCUGAAACGACGCGUUUUCGAUAUGGCGGACACGGUCAAAGACGUGAAGGUUCUCCUCAACGAUGAGCGCCUGAAGAAGCUGCUGCUGAGAAGUCGGGAGGAGCUGCCCAACCGAAGCAAACCUCAAACGAAGGAGCUUCUGACACUACCCUCAUCGAAAUUUGGGUCGAAACCCACCAUCUCCGACGAGUUCAUUAAGAAAGUCGCCCAUUCGGGCAUCGUCGACAAUGUGCUGAAUUGGGCCAAGUUCAAGGCCGAUCAGCAAAUGAAGAGGGCGGACGGAACCAAGCGUAGCAGGUUACUCGGUCUCGCCAAACUUUCCGAUGCGAACAAUGCCGGUACACGCCAUGCGCAGGACUGCACAUUGAUCCUAACAGAAGGUGACUCCGCCAAAGCGUUGGCUAUCGCUGGUCUGGGAGUGGUUGGUCGAGACAAUUUCGGUGUCUUCCCACUCCGCGGAAAGCUACUCAAUGUACGAGAAGCCUGCCAUGACCAGGUCAUGAAGAACGAAGAAAUCCAGAAUAUCAAGAAGAUCAUGGGCCUACAACACAACAAAGACUACACGAACACUUCCAGUCUCCGGUAUGGGAGAGUGAUGAUUAUGACUGAUCAGGAUCAUGACGGUUCUCAUAUCAAAGGUCUUAUUAUCAACUUCUUGGACCACCUCUAUCCCUCUUUAUUGAAAAUCCCUGACUUCCUCGUCGAGUUCGUCACACCACUGUCAGGGUAUGUCAAGAAAGGCAACAAAGUCAAAGAUUUCUUCACCAUCCCUGAAUAUGAGCAGUGGUUGGAGGAGACGCCAGAUGCCAGAAAGUGGGAAUCCAAGUACUACAAGGGUUUCAGCGAGGAUAAGGGCGCGCGAGAGUACUUCAGUAAAAUGGAGAAACGAUUCCAUUUGCACCGACGCAAGAAGGGGACCGUGAACAUCGACCUGGCGUUCAGCAAGAAGAAGGCGGACGAGCGGAAGGAGUGGUUGCGCCAAUACAAGCCUGGAACCUUCCUCGACCAUCGCCUGGAAGAGAUCCCCUACUCCGAAUUUAUCAACAAGGAAUUGAUUCUUUUCUCGAUGGCGAACAACGUUCGUUCUAUUCCGUCCAUUGCUUAUGGUUUGAAGCCCGGUCAACGUAAGGUUAUCUGGGGUUGCUUCAAGCGUAAGCUGAAGAAGGAAAUCAAGGUAGAGAUUUUCGCCCGUAGUUCCAAUGGUUACAUCUCCGAACACGCUGCCUACCACCACGGUGAAGCCAGUUUAGCAGCUACCAUCAUCAACCUUGCGCAGGACUUUGUUGGCUCGAACAACUUGGCCCUUCUCUCGCCCAGUCUGGACGAUGACGUGCCCAUCGAGCCAGAGUGGCACAUGCCGACCGUGCCCAUGGUGCUGAUUAACGGUGCUGAAGGUAUCGGAACAGGUUCCAGGCUGGAUACCAACAUCCCUCCCUACAACCCUAUCGACAUCGUUGCCAAUAUCCGUCGAAAGAUGAAGGGGGAAGAGCUGGAACCGAUGACCCCUUGGUGGCGAGGGUUCAAAGGCGAGGUCCGACCUCCCGGCAAGGGCAAAUAUGACGUCGUGGGUGUUGCGACCAAGAUUAACGACACCACGGUGGAGAUUUCCGAGCUGCCGAUUCACAAGUGGACCCGUACAUUCAAAGACGAUUUGGAGGUCAUGAUCACCGGGGAGAAGAAGGACAAGGAGAAAGACAAGGAUAAGGAUGAGCCUUAUGGGAAGAAAGAUGUGGUCAAGAAUGCUGGAAUGGUUAAGGACUUCAAAGAACACCACGGCAACUUGAACGUCCUCUUCCGAAGUGACGAUGAACCAUGA